AUGGACCGUACCACCUGGCUCGAUGGCCUCCGCGGUAUUGCAGCGGCCAUUGUCGCGACAGAUCACUACUUCAUGGGCGGCGUCUUAGACUAUGCUUUCAACUCCUUCUGGGCUGAUCCGCCAGAAGAGAACAGACGGCUGCUGCAGCUGCCUCCGAUCCGCCUCCUUUUCGCCGCUCAUGCUAUGGUGCCGAUGUUCCUGGUGAUCUCGGGCUAUGCGAUCUCUAUCAACCUUCUUCGACUGCGGAAUAACAACACCGCUGAUUUCGUGCGCCGGCUUUCGUCUGCUGUGACACGCCGUAUCUUCCGUAUUUACUUGCCGGUUUUCGUUAUCGCGGCCAUCUCGCAGUUCCUUUACUUCUGUAAUAUCUACCAGUGGAGCUUUGGUGACGAGGUCGUCUGGGGCCGGAAACCUUGGACGGCGCCAUGGCUGCACGUUACUUUUGUCUUCCGCUAUAUGCUGGACAUUAUGAACAUCAUUAAUUUCCAGGGAAAUCCUGGACUUAAUGGUCAGCUGUGGACCAUGCCACUCGAAUUCAGGGGAUCGUACGUGGUCUACCUCGCCGUCUUGGGACUGGCAUUUUGGAGACCGCAUCUCCGGCGGUUGGCAUUAGCAGCGCUGAUGGCGUAUUGGUUCUACUUUGGACUGUGGGACAUCUUUGCCUUUUUAACCGGUCUCUAUCUCGCGGAAAUGCGGCUUUUGUCCGAUGUCAGCGCGGAAGACAGUGAGCCGAAAUUGCCCUAUUACUCAUGGACACCGAGUAUCAGGUCCGUCGACUUUUCCACUAUUCGCACCGCUUCCUGCUUCAUUCUCGGUGUUUACCUGGUCUGUCUUGGCGACGACGGGCAACUCCCCCCUGGGUAUCAGUUCCUGAAACUCGCGGAAUCCUCACGCUGGGAGAACGACUGGGCGGUUCUGAGCAAGUGCUGGAAAACAGUGGGCUCAGUGCUCGUCGUCUAUGCGAUCAGCCAAUCGCCUCGUCUUCAGCGUCCACUGAAUUCUGGCCCCAUGCAGUAUUUGGGCAGAAUUUCAUUUUCGCUGUACCUGGUUCAUCAAUCUAUUUACCAUCUCGUACGAGAUCCGGUCAGGAACUUUUUGUGGUACGUUGCUACCAGAGAGACAUACCCCGGCACGCAGGCAGCAAGUGAGUUCACGGUUCCGUUUGCAUUUGUGUGGCUUGUUGGGUAUGUGAUUAUGUCUGCGAUAAACAUUUAUGUUGCAGAUCUGUAUACGCGAUUCGUUGACGAGCGAUGUGUACAAAUUGCGAAGAGGAUCGAUAGAUGGUUUACUCGGAAGUAUUUUUAA